GCAGUCCACACAAUCCUCAUUGCAAAAAUCCAUUCCACCUUGAAAUCUUCCCACACACACCGCCUCUUGCCAGCCAUCUCCACGGUGACCUGAGCACGUUGUGUACGGCAAGAAACAAUAAAACCUGUCAUCAAGAACAUUCGACGUCCACCGCAAAAUCAUACGCAAACUACUUCCUACCUCGCCUCCUAAGAGAGAACCGCGAGACAACUGAGGGCGAACAUGUCUGAGCUUCGGAGGAAGGCUCUCGGGGGAGGGAAGACGGUGUCACGCAAGGCGCGCUCGAAGCCUGAAUCGGGAUUCUCCUCUGCCAACCAUUCCCCAAAUGGAUCUCCCGGAAACUCGCGAGCGGGCUCACACGCCGGCUCACGGCCCGGUAGCCGCUACGCCUCGGAGGACGAGUUUGACAGCGAGUCUGAAAUGGAUGACACCAUGACCAUGAGCACCAACUCCGUUUCAGACGAAGACGAGGUUGACAACACGUGGGCCGACCGAUUGCACGACCGUGUGACGGAGCUACAGGAUCGCAAGGGAAGCAGCGUGCAGGGGCGUGAAGCGACGCUCGGAGCCUACAACCAUCUUCUCAAACACCACUUCGCCCAACGAGAGCUGGACCGGUCGGUUGCAGAGCUCUUGCCUAUCCUUCUCAGGGGUAUUAGGAGUGGGAGCAGCGACGAAGAGCGUCUCCGGGCGCUCCGAGCUUUCACCCUUACCGUCCUUACAUGUCCCUCGGACACGAUAUUCGAGCAAGCACUGCCGAUUCUGAAAGCGGCAUGCCAUGAUGCAGACGGCGACGACAUCAAGGUGGCAGCAAUCCAUGCCGUCUGUAUCGCCGUUUCGUACGGAGGAGGGUCAGGCAGCACUGCGGAGGAGACGCUCGACUUCCUCCUCGAGAUUAUCGAAAGCGAUGGUCAGUCGGUCGGAGCAGACGACAGCGGUCCGGUAGUGACGGCGGCACUGCAGGCAUGGGCGUUCGUGGCGACCCAUAUGGAGGACCUGACACUCCAAAGCGAGGCCGCCAUUGAGGCUUUCAUGGAGCAGCUGGACAGUGGAGAUCCGGAUGUCCAAACCAGCGCUGGGGUAAACAUUGCCCUCCUUUUCGAAGCUGCACGCGAUUACGAAGAGGAAACCGGCGAGAGCUUCGAUAUGCAGUACAAUCGGUACCGGAUUAUGACUCGGAUGGCCGAGAUUGUCCGGGACUCAUCGAAAGCGGUGUCGAAGAAGGGCCGGAGACACAUCCGGUCGAACUUCUCCAGCAUCGUUACAUCCCUUGAGCGAGGCACGGGACCAGGAUACUCGACAGCCGGUCGUUCAGGGCCGAACCCACACACCGGUGGGUCCAAGGCCGACGACCAAGGCGAUGUCCAAGAGUUUGGUUACCGGGAACGAGUUCGGAUCCGCAACCAGGUCCUGCUCAUCGACACCUGGUCACUCCAUGCGAGAGCGGAGUUGCUGAAGACUCUGCUUGGCGGCGGGCUGGGUGUUCAUUAUUUGGAGAACCCAGUCGUGAAGGAUAUUCUCAACGAUGCUGAGGUUGAGUUCAUCUCGACAGGCAAACGGAGGAAGGAGGAAGCGAAGUUGCGGAGGAAUACUCGAGACUAAACGGAAUGAAUUGGUAUGGGUAUGAGGUAAUUUCUACUUUGCAGGGUUCGACUUGGAGUCGGUUGGAAGUAUGUUUUGGUUCUUUAUGUACUUAAGAGAGCAUGGAAGUCACUCGGACUUAAUAUUAGCGUCCCGACUUUCUUUACAUUGUUAAUUUCACCCUUCGUUUGCCGUGCAACAUGGAGCUCACACCUAGUAAGCUGCCCUCACGAAUGUUGCUCUAGUCCAGCCGAGCGGGAGCGCAUCGACAGGGCG